AUGACUAAUAUUAUAAUAAUCUUAAUUUUUUGUUUGUUCAAAGUUAGUUAUGAAAAUAACUAUAAUAAUAAAGAGAAGAUAUGCUAUUAUAUGAAUAUUUUGAAGAAACCAAUUUUUUUUAACUAUUAUAUUUUAAGGAAUAAACGUAAGAAUAGUUGUGAAUAUUUUAUAAAAAAAAAAAAAGAUAAAAGUUUUGAAUUGUUUUCCUUAAAAGAUGUAUUAACAAAUUCUUUGAGUGAUAAAGAUAUUAAUGAGAUAAAGAAUAUAUUUCCAAUAAUUAACGAAAAAUUAUUAAUUUUAGAUAGGAACAACUUUGAAAAUGUGUCAAAUAGUGAAAUAAAUGAUAUAGAUGAUUUAUUAAUUGAAUUUAAUAACAAGCAUUUUAAUUUAAAAGAUAUUAAAGUAAAAAUAAUAGAUAGUGAAAAAAAUGAAAAUGAUAGCUAUUUUAAUUUUGUAAAAGAUGAAAAUGAUUAUUUAAAAAAAAAAGUUGAAAUAUUACAAAGUAGUCCAUUUAAUAAAACAUGUUUCAAAUCAAUACAAGGGAAUAAAUGUGAUAAUUAUAAAAAAAAUUAUGAAAAUAAUUCUGAUGUUGAUGAGGAAUUAUUUUAUGAAUUAGAUGAAACUUUAAAUGAAAAAGAAAAUUCAACUAUUAUAAAUGGUGAAGAAAUAUUGCAGAAUAUCAAUCAAAAAACGGAAAAUAAUGAAAAUGAUGGUAAAUCAUUUUAUCAAUUUUUAAAGAAAUUUUAUUUAGUUAAUAUUUUAUCGCAAAAUCCUAUGAAAAUUAUGUAUAAAUAUUUAGAAUUUAAAGAAUAUUUAUCAUCUUCUAAGGAAAAAUUAAAGAAUUUUUUUGUUAAAGAAUAUCAUUACACCACUCAAAAGAUAAUUUCCGUUUUAAGUCAUGAUUUAAAAAAGAGCAAUGAAACAGGUGAAGAAAAUAAAAAUAAAAAUAAAGGUUUACUUUCAACUAUUUUUGAUUCCAUUUUUUCCCUUUUUUAUUUUCCACAAAAAGACGUUGAGUUAUAA